AUGCAGCAGAGCAAACACGGCAGUGCUGGCGCCGCUCGGGGCUGCUGUCGACUGAGACUCGUGGACUUUGAGGGACAUGAAAACCACGUGUCCCACGAGACCCAGGGGCUCAGCGACGGGCGGCUGGUGGUCCGACGAGGGAAGCCGUUCAAGCUCACCCUGCUGUUCCACGGCCGGACCUGGAGUCUGUACAGCCAGAGGCUGGAGCUGCAGGUUUAUCUAGGGAAUCUGUCGCAGCGUUUCCCAGUUCAGUUCUCCGGGGACCAGUUGAACCCCCACAGCUGGCGGGCCACGACCCCCCCUGGAAACCAGCACCCGGAGGGCGUCACGGUCCACGUGUGCUCCCCGGCUCUGUCCCCGGUGGGUCAGUACCGCCUCUCCCUCCACGUAGAGACCCCGCGGCUCAGACGGACCUACCGGCUGGGAACGUUCGUGCUGCUCUGCAACCCCUGGCUGCCAGAUGAUCCGGUGUACAUGCCGCUGGACGUUCACUUACAGGAAUACGUCAGGAAUGACUACGGCAUGCUUUUCACUGGCUCUCAUACCAACGUUGCCAAGCGGCCCUGGUCAUUUGGUCAGUAUGAGCCCGGGGUCCUGGAAGCGUGCCUGAAGCUUCUGGACGUCAGCCCCGAGCACCUGAGCGACGCCGACAAGGACUACACCUCCCGAGGAGACCCGGUCUACCUGAGCAGGGUGGCCUGCGCCAUGGUGAACUGUAACGAUGACCGGGGGGUCCUGGAGGGGAGAUGGGAGGGCGGCUACCAGGCCGGCGUGAAGCCGACAGACUGGAGCGGGAGCGCCGACAUCCUUCGCCGCUGGGCCUCGUCCGGCUGCAGCCCCGUCCGCUACGGACAGUGCUGGGUGUUCGCCUCCGUCCUCUGCACAGUGAUGCGGGUCCUGGGGAUUCCCUCCAGGGUGGUCACAGUUUUCAACGCAGCCCACGACACCGACGGCAACACGGCGGUUGAGGAAUUCUACACAAGUACCGGGAAGAAGCUCAACCUGUCAAAGGACAGCAUUUGGAACUUCCAUGUGUGGGUGGAGUGCUGGAUGAGGAGACUGGACCUCAGUCCAGAGUUUGAUGGAUGGCAGGUUGUGGAUCCGACUCCCCAGGAGACGAGUGCAGGGAGAUUCCGGUCCGGCCCGUGUCCGGUCGCUGCCAUCCAGCAACGUUGCCUUUUGGCUUCGUUUGACACGGCGUUCCUCUACGCCUCCGUGGACGCCGACGUGGUGCGGGUGAUUGUGCGUCACGGACGGGAGGUGGGGAGGACGGUGGACACCGACUCGGUGGGGAGGCUCAUCUGCACCAAGAGUGUCUCCUCAGACCGGCCAGAGAACCUGACACAGUUCUACAAGGGCGGGAAAAGGCUGCAACAGGCAAACCCCGUCGGAACGAUGUCCCGGGCCACGAUGAAAAUGAAGACUGGACUGUUUGUAAAAAAAACGUUUUCGAGCAACUUUUCUGAUUCCGCUGGGCCAUCCUGUUGGAGUCUUACAGAAGAUGCAGCAGGAGAAAUGGCGCCCAGUUUGGACGUGUCCCUCCGCGUGGAUGGUGGGGGGCCGUUACUGGGUCAGAGCAUCCGCUUGUGUGUGACCAUCACAAACCGGUCCAGCAGUCCCCGAGCUCUGAUCGCGUAUGUCGACGCGCAGAUGAAGGAGUACAACAGCAACCCACAGGAGAGCUUCUGGAAAACACACCAGGCGGCGCACGUACAGCCACACGAAGUGUUGACCCUCCGCCCGGCCAUCCUUUACUCCGAGUACGAGUGGGUUCUGUCAGCUGAGGAUAUCGUGAAUGUGGCCGUGGUGGUAAAGGACAUGCAGACGUCGGAGAGAGCCCUGGCUGCUCAAGAGAUCAGCGUAAACGCACCGGAGAUCUCUAUACAGGUGGACGGUGGGAGCAGCAUCCACAUGAACAAAGGCCACACGGCCCACGUGGCGUUCACAAACCCGUUCAUCUCGCCUCUGUCGGGAGCCGUGCUGAGCGUGGAGGGAUCCGGCCUGCUGCAAGGACAGGAAGUCGUCAGGCUGGCGUUCUUGGAGCCGGGCAGGAAGAUGGAGAAGACGGUGUCCAUCCUGGCCACUACACCCGGUACCAAGCUGCUGGUGGCCACGCUGACGCACGGCAACGGCUCCAAGGUGGUUUCCAGGAGUUUCCACAAAGUCUCUGUCACGGCCGCGUGA